AUGUGUGCUGUGAUGGAAAUUAAACCCAGGCUGAUCGCUUUGAUAUCCGGUCCGAUCAAUACUGGCAUAGAUAAAUCCUAUUUAUUUUCUCACUACGUAAACCGAGUCAACCAAGCUAUUGAACGCAGUGACCACUUUGUCAUUGAACCCAUCACAAGUUGCGUGGAUGCAGAUGCACUGGAAUAUCUCUCGGCAUACCCUGUCUCCCCUGACCGAGUUACUAUCUUUGUCACCAAAGCUGAAGAUGGGAUGUGGGGUACACACUUCCGCUCUUCAGGAGCCAAUGUGAAAGUGAUUAAGGGACAAAUGAGUCGGGAUCGAGAUGCAGCACUCACAAGUGCCAGCACAUACGAUAUAUUACGUGUGCAAACGAAGGAAGAGGGAAAGCUAUUCUAUGGCCAUAUGUGGCAGGAUGGAUGUAUUACGAAUACAGAGCGCACUUGGAAGCCACGGCGGGGAAUCGCAGAGAUUGAGGUACAUAGUUGA